AUGUACGCUACUUUUCGUCGUCUCAUAGGCGAUUUUGAUGAACGACGGGCUGCGGUAUCCAUGAUUUUGUCGAAAAUUGCCGAAGACCCUCAUUCAGCCAGUUGUCCCAAUUGCUCGUAUACCCAUAUGCAAACGAACGGUCAUUUUGAAACUGGCCCAUCGAACCACGCUUAUGUCAUCAAUACAGAUAGCCCUAUGAAUCCGACCCCCGAUUGUGGUGAUCUGCGAUCCGGUAACUACUCGACCGAUCAGUCAAUUUCCUACGAACAAUACGAAGGUGGUUCAAACUCACUGCUCAGUCGAGACUCUCUGACUGUGUAUCGUAAUCCUGCGUCGACUCUGCAAGCUUCACUCUCUCCUAUCCUCUUCACGUUUGCCACACCGGAGGUUACUGCCAUUUCUCCUUCAGCCCUUGGUAUGAUGUCUUCCGCAUAUCAACCUGAUUUCAAUCAGGUUGUUAUGAACAACACACCUCAACCUCGUGUUAUCACGGCGUCACCACAUUUGCUAAACACACCCGGUAUCCCACCGGCAACUCCGUCUCAGACAUCCAUCCCGGUGCCUUCGGCCGUCGGAUGCCCGCUGCCACCGCCGCCUUUGCUCACUUCGUUCUACUAUCGCUCGAAGUUGAUCCCAGUGCCCCAUGGUUCGGAGCUUACGGUGACCUCAGUCAAUUCUACGGCCGCGUCGUUCCGAAACACAGCACCAGUAUCACUGUCAAGUUGGUUUCCCCAAACCGGACACUUCAAUCCUAUCCGACUUCCCAUGACUGCGAGGCCAACUAUCCCCGUCGGACUGUUGACUAGUCUGCCCGGUUCCACUCUGCUUCCAGAAGAGCACUCAUCUUUACUGCAGUUUAGUAGUCCUUUGCGUGUUGAUUCUCGCUGCGCCAUGGGUGUUAUACCCACCUCGUACCACCAGAUUGGACCAUCAGAUACAACGUGUUCUCCUGGUUAUUCCGAUACUCCAGCACCUAUGAUACUGAUGAGUUUUCGACCAGUUCAAACCGAAAACCGAGAGGAAGUCCCCAUUGGUCCGUCCGAACCAGUUCAGAUCGUGACUGACUCGCCCAAACCGGGAAAAGAACUCGAUGCUGAAGUGGGGGCAACAGAGAACGACGAAACCGGAAUGACAACCGUGACCGGACGGGAUAGGAGUGUCGUCUCACACACUCGGUAUUGUAGUGGUGAUUCAACAGACUCAGCUCUGACUGCCAGUCUCACUAGCCUACGACUACAUUCCUCGAUUGAAGAACAACCUCCCGACCGGGUAACUCAGUACAGUCCAUAUCCGAGCACCCAACGCGCGCUCUUUCCACCUUCCUAUCCAGCUGCGUUUGGCUCAGCCACAGGUACAGUGCCUUUACUUCGGUUCGAUGCCCCCGGUGCGCCCUUCACAGGGAAUUCUGGCUCACCACAUUCAGUCUUAGCCUGUUCGACCAGUUCUUCGGACUAUGGUCUGCUCGAGUACUCUUAUAUAGUCCCACAGGCCCUAUCGAGCCAUUUAUCCGGUUCGACGGUCUACGGUGCGACUAUCCCUGCUCCCGUCGGUUCCGAACAUUCACCUGCCAAUUUCCAAGCAAGUCCUCUUGUUUACACCCUGCCAAGUUUUGAUAUAUCAAACGAUGCUAAUAUCGGAUUAUCGUAUCCAUCCAUUGGGACUGGCCUAACCCCGACGAUGGGAACAUUUACGUCGCCGGGUGGUUUAACACCUCCUGGAUUACUGCAACUCAGGUACAAUCCCACCUUCAUGAAUAUGGCCAAUACCGCUAUUACUGAUCAAAGAAUGCGGGGUGGCGUUGACAGUAUCAGUCAAGUGAAGCUCCCAGACAGCCCCAAUGGGACGAUAAACCACAUAGAACCUUAUUUAAACGGUUUGUCCAAUUCUUUUUGUCCAUCGAUGCCAAUCGAAUCACCAUCACGUGCCAAUACCCCACAGACAUCGAGUGGUCUACUUUUGGUAGGCACAAUGCAACAGGUUCAGCACGCCCUAUCUGUGCUGAACACACAAGCGGCUGCCGCUCACCCUACCACUGUGACGAACACUCAAUCCAUGGGGACGAUCGUUGCAUCCACAGCCACAUGUCCAGAGGCGUCACCUACGUGGACCACUUCCUUUGUACUUGAGGGUCCGUUGCGUGUGGAUCGAAUUCAGCCGUUGUCACUACCACCAGACUGGAGUAGAUCGCCUGUCCGAGGCACACCUCAGAGUGUGCUAUGA